AAGACACUCCCUCCACUCCACAUGCUUUUCCCCCCAGGGAGGGGAUGAGAGAACAACACUUGACAGAUGUUAGUCAUGUUGCUUAAGGUACUACGGGAAAAUGCUCAGACACUGCAGUGAUCAGGCCAGUAUAAGAACUUAUAUAGAAUAGAUAUGUCAACAAAGGGAAGUAAUAUUAAUGAAUGAGAUGAGUCAGCCUUUCCCACUGUAAAAGUUCUGACCUGACCGCCCACCCCCAGCUCUGCUGGUGCACCGCAUUCCUGGCCUGCAUAGAUCACUGCUACUCCAGUCCUGGUAAUGUCACCACGAUGCUAAUCCACCUCACUCUUAGACCUGCAGCUCCCCCUGUUAUCCCAGCUCUGAUUUUCUUCUUUGAACAGAGACUGAGAACUAUGCCCAAGUGUGUGAUAAUGUUAUGAUUUAGAGGAGAGAGUCUGCUAAAUAAUUUUUUUUUUUUUUAAAUAGCAUGAUCACCAUCAUCAUAAUCCUGGUAGCAGUGAUUGUGCUGAUCAUCGGCUUUGGUGUUUCAGGGAGACGCUACAUCAGUGUCACCACACUAACCUCUGCUGGGAACAUUGGGGAAGAUGGCAUCCUGGGCUGCACUUUUGAACCUGACAUCAAGCUCAGCAACAUAGAGAUUCGGUGGGCUAAAGCUGGGGUCUCUGGGAUGGUGCAUGAGUUUAAAGGCGGCAAGGACCAUCUAAAGGACCAGGAUGAAGUGUUCAAGGGCCGGACAGCGGUAUUCGCAGAGCAGGUGAUUGGUGGGAAUGCCUCCUUGAUGCUGAGAGAUGUGCAGCUCUCCGACGCUGGUGCUUACAAGUGCUCUGUCACCACAUCCAAAGGGAAUGGCGAAGCAGGGCUGGAAUAUAAGACCGGAGCCUUCAGCUCUCCAGAGAUGCAUGUGGAUUACAACAGCAGCAUGGACACCCUGCGGUGUGAGGCUCCUCGGUGGUUCCCGCAACCUGUCGUGGUUUGGACCUCACACAAUAACACCAGGGACAACUUAUCUGAGAUCUCCAACACCAGCUUCAAGCUGAACUCUGAGAAUGUGACUAUGAACGUGGUCUCUGUUCUGCACAACAUUACAGCUAAUACUACCUAUACCUGUGUUAUCAAGAAUGACAUUGCCAAAGCUACAGGGGACAUCAAAGUGACAGAUUCCAGCAUCAAGACGACAGUUCAUUUGCAGCUACUGACCAUGAACAUGGCAUCAGCCUCUUUAUCCCCUCUUGCCCUUUACUGGAUACUUCUACCUCUCCUGUACCUGAUGGCUUUGUAGUGCUUGAUCUCCAUAAAGAAACGUGAAGAGGCGUUGGAACUGGAGAUGAUGAAUUCCACAAGGAUACCAGGUGGGAUUAAGUGAGAAGGAAGACGUCCGAACCAGAGAAUGGGAUACAUUUUCUUACCUAGAUAACUUAGUGAUCAAAACUUUGGUAUUAUCUAUCUAUGAAGGCUCUAGCCUUGAUCACACAGCUGGAAAAAGGAUUUGCCACAUUGGAUCAGAUUGGUGCCUUGAGUUCAGCAUAUUAGAAUAUGCAAAUUGUGUAUUUUCUUAAAAUGACCUAUAACAUUUGAUUACCCAGGCCUCACUAAUCUAUCAGAAUUCUCUGAA